AUGGAUGAAUAGAUUAAAACAAUUAGAUAAUUAUAAUUAACUAUUUAAUUAGCCGCCAAUGAAAAUAAAGAACUAAGAGAAAAAUGGUUAUUUUUGAGGUCAUAAUAUGAUCCUGAAUUAGAUUCUAAAAUAAGCAAUCUUGAAAAGACAAUCCUAAUUCAAUAAUAGCAAAUUUCAUAAUUACAAUAAUAGAAACUGAAUAGUAACAACAUAAAAGACUUCAAUGAUGAUGAUGAAUAAUAUCAGAUGUAAUAAUUGAAUUUGAAAUUAAAUGAAUAAAAUUAGUAGUUAAUCAGGUAUUAAGAGAAUGUAUUUUAAAUUUAAUCAUAAAUACGAAAUUGUGAGGAAGAAUUGUCUGAUUUACAACAAACCUUAAACUAACAUUAAAUGGAUAAUGCAAUUUUUCAAAAGAAGGCUUAAUAAAUGGAAUAAUUAUUAUCAAAAGUUAGGGGACAGGAGCCAUUGUCUUUAUAGUAUAUAAAUGAAAUAGAUAGAUUAACAACAAAAUUAUAAUAAUUAUAGAAAAAUUGCUAGAUAAAAUCAAGAUUAACCUAUCAAAGUUGA